AUGGCUUCCAGCGUGUUCAGGUACUCCAUGGACUUCAUGAGGAGUCUCAAGCCGAGCCAUGCGACAACAUGUCCACAGCUCAAGCAACUCCUAAGAGACAACGGAAUCCUUCGGGGCUCAAGCAGGCCGAGAGGCAAGAAAGCCGGUAGGAACUGUUUGCGUAAAAUUGAAACUGUUGUAGGAAGGAGAAAUGACUUGAUUACAUUCCACCGCCCUCCCUUGUUGUCUUCACCCGUUUCCCGCGCAAACUUGACGAGCAUCAAAACAGUAAGCAAUCACCAGCCCAGCUGUACCCCGGCUGUUCACCAGCCCAGCUGUACCACUGCUGUUCCGACAUUCCUACUCACUAAUCCACGAUCUCUUGUCAACAAAAUUGACGAAUUCCAGGCCGUUCUCACAAGCAAUAACGUGGAUAUUGCUGCGGUCUCCGAGUCCUGGUUUAUGCCCUCCACACCACAUGAACAACAGUCAGUCGAAGGAUAUACCUUGUACUCUAAAUGUCGCACAGAUCGUCGUGGAGGUGGGGUAGCUGUGUAUGUACAUGACAGCAUACCGUCUCGUGUACUGACUGAAAUCACUGUCCCAGAACAGCUGGAAUGUCUUUGGGUCUACGUGCGACCACACCGCCUGACUCGUCAGUUCUCGUCCAUUGCCUUGUGUGCUUUGUACUCACCUCCUCAGUCACCACACGAGGAGGAACUCGUAGAACACAUCAUUUCAGCGGCAGAUCAACUGCGUACAAGCUUUCAGAACAUCGGUCUUGCCUUCCUGGGGGACUUCAAUCACCUGAACAUCCACAGCAUUCUCCUUGACCGUGAACUCUCACAAGUCGUCCAGAGCUGCACAAGAGGCAACGCCACCCUUGAUCUCAUCGUGACAAACAUGAAGACGUGCUACAAACCCCCCAAAAUCCUCCCACCGAUCGGUCUUAGUGACCACUGUUGUGUUCUCUGGCAAGCCCAGGUUAAACUUAAGCAAAACACCUGCACAAAGAAGCUCAUUCGUCCCAUUCGGGAACCAAAUCUGAGUCACUUUGGGAGAUGGAUUACUACCCAUACUUGGGAGGAGGUUUUAGCUGCAACCACAACUGAAGAAAAGGCAGAUACAUUCUACAGUACACUGACGUCUGCCAUCGCGGAGUACUUCCCCACUAAGACUGUUAAACAACACCACUGUGACAAACCCUGGAUAACUCCAAGAAUCAAGCACCUUAUACAGCAGAGACAGAGAACAUUCACAAAUGGAAGUUGCACCGCCAUGUCAAAGUUCUACAGAAACAAAGUUCAAAAAGAAAUCCGGAAGGCUAAAAACAAGUUCUACACGAUCGACAUUGAGGGCCGCAGGAAGGACAAUCCUAGGGCAUGGCACAAUGGACUCAAGUCGAUUUGUAACAUGAACAGGAAAGCCAGUCGGAUCUACGCUCCCGGCAUCGAUCAGAACGACCACGCAGCCUUAGCCAACGCCAUUAAUGCCAAGUUUGCAAGCGUGUCUCAGUCACUCCCACCGCUGGAUCUGUCGUCUCUCCCAUCAUUCCUUCCGGCCCAACCGUUACCUGUUAUCCAGGAAUGGGAGGUUUACUCACACCUACGCGCCACCAACACUUACAAGAGUCCCGGACCUGAUAAUGUUCCUGCCUUCCUCCUCAAGGAAUUCGCGUGUGAACUGAGCACUCCUCUGUGUGACUUACUUAACACGUCGUUGAAAGAAGGCACCGUACCCCGUCAAUGGAAGGAAGCCAAUGUGGUUCCACUGCCAAAGUCCAGCCCUCCAAACAUCGACGAACUUCGGCCCAUCUCUCUCACUCCAAUGUUGUCUAAACUCUAUCUGUCUAAAGCUUUUGACAAAGUGGACCAUACCAUUGCCAUUCGUUCCCUACUCGAUCUUGGUGUUCGGCCGGCUGUCAUCCCCUGGAUUUGUAGCUUUAUUACCGACAGACGGCAGAGAGUGAUGUACCAGGGAGAACUCUCGGACUGGCUCUACCUUAGCUGCGGAGUAGCGCAAGGAACACUUCUUGGUCCAGUUAUUUUCAUGGCAUUAAUUGAUGGAGCGCUUCGCGAAGUCGCCGACCGUUGGAAGUUCGUUGACGACAUGAACAUUGCACAGACCCGGUUAGUACGUCAGCCAUGUACACUACAGCCCACACUCGACAACCUUACCACAUGGGUCAGCGACCACAAGAUGACUUUGAACCCAAAGAAAUGUUUCGUACUCCGUGUGUGCUUCAUGAAGGCACCUCCCCCUCCGCAACCACUGAUGAUCAGUGAACAACCCCUGAAGUGCGUGUCACACGUCAAAGUGCUAGGUUUAACUGUGCAGAAUGACCUUAAAUGGAACAUUCAAGUCAGUAACAUGCUCACGUCAGCCAACAGGAGAUUGUACAUACUUCGUCGGCUCAAGCGUUUUGGUGUGUCUCUCGCUGACCUUAAGUCGGUAUACAUGUCGUAUGUGAGACCUGCGCUUGAGUACGCGGUACCUGUGUGGCACUCGUCAAUAACCAAGGACCAGGCAGCAAAACUGGAGAGAAUCCAAAAGAGAGCAUGUAAAAUCAUUCUCGGAAUUCACUACACUGACUAUGCUUCAGCACUUUCAACACUAGACCUCAGCACACUAGCUGACCGACGAAUCAGUAUCUGCGCCACUUUCGCGGAGUCGUUACUACGAUCAGAGUUCCGGGACUGGCUCCCUCCAUCCAGACAGCACGUGACUGGACGUUCCACGCGCAGCUCAGAGAAACUGGACAUGCCACUAUGCCGUACGGACAGAUACAAGAACUCGCCUAUACCAUAUCUUGUGAACUUACUGAACAAGUGA